AUGGAGCAGGAAGUGGCACAACUGAGGUUUAAUGCAGACAAUUUAGCACAUUGCCUACAUUCAUUGUUGGAAAGAAUUGAACAGUUGGAAGGUACGGCAACAAUGAAUCGUCUGGAUGCUACUUGCCAAGAUGCUGUUACCAGAUAUCGUACAAAAACUCCAGAUGAAGCUGUUGAAGAACUAUUGAAGCGGAAAGUCAAUACACACGGCUUAAUUGACAUCGAAUUACCACGUUCUGAUGAACAGGUAACUCAAAGUGAAACAAUAACAACAGACCCAGAAACUGGUCUAAAGAAACGAACACUGAUUACUGAAAGAGUGCUAACAACAAAAACCUUUCAUGCUGUACCGGUUGAUGCCAAACCGUUGACCAAUGGUCAUAUUUUGGCUUCUGCUUAUGAAUCUAGGUUAGUGAAUCUGGAUGACGACGAUCCGUUUGCUGAUGUGGAGUUGGAUCGCCUUGGUGAUCAGGUGAUUGUCACCAGCGUAAAACCGGGUUCAACAAUAGCUAAGGACGUACACGCUGGUGAUACUAUCGUUGAAGUCAACGGACAACCAGUACCAGCAGUCAAAGAACUUAGACUGAUGAAGGGUAAUUUGUCGCUGAAGUUGGUGCCAACACCAAUUCAUCAAGCUCCAUCUGUAUUUUAUCGAGUGCUUAGCGAUUACGAUGCGGAUAAUGACCAAACACUGCCAUACAAAUGGGCUGGUUUAAGCGUUAAAAGGGGCGAAAUUAUACAGGUGAUAUGUAACAAUGGUGAAUGGCUACAGGCGAGGAAAGUUAACGAUGUAUCCCGAGUUGGUUUAGUGCCUUCAAAGCAAACAAUUGAACGAGUCGGUAUGUUGACUCCUUACGGUCGAAGAGUUUUGGUACUGCUCGGCGUUCCCGGUGUCGGUAGACGAACAAUAAAAUCAAUGCUUUUGGCCUAUUCACCACAGUAUUUCUCCACAGUAACUCCAUUUACAUCACGAUCUCCAAAACCAAGUGAACAAGAAGGCAGAGAAUAUUAUUUUUUGAAUAAAGAACAAAUGUUGCAAAAAAUACAAAAUAAAGAAAUGAUUGAAUGGGGUGAAUAUGCUGGUAAUUACUAUGGCACCAGUACUGAGACAGUUCGAGCAUGUGUUCGAGGAGGUCGAGUCUGUGUUCUCGACUGUGCUCCUCAAGCAUUGCGCUAUUUGUAUAAUCGAGAAUUUAUGCCAUUUGUUGUGGUCAUUGCACCACCAGACAUUAGUGAAUUACGGCAGAUCAACAAACUUCGACCGAAUCCUCAUUCAGACGAAGAACUGCUGAAGACUGUCGCUGAAAAUAAGAAACUUUUAUCUGGUGAAUAUUCACCAAUGUUUCAUUUGAUAUUAACUAAUCGAAGCGCUGAAGUAACCUUUAAAAGGUUGGUUGUUUUAAGUCUAAUCUGUUACAACAACUGA